AUGCUCAGAUUAGCCCAGUCGUUGAACGGGAAGACCCAGUCCCGCAACUGGGGCCGUCUUUUUUCCACGUCGAGGUUCGUCAGUGCUCAGACUCUGACAGAGAAAAUCGUACAAAAGUAUGCAGUGGGCAUUGCUCCUGGUAAGGAGGUUCGUAGUGGAGACUAUGUCUCGAUCCGUCCUUCUCACUGUAUGUCACACGACAAUUCGUGGCCUGUGGCUUUGAAAUUUAAGGGUCUUGGUGCUUCGAAAGUCGCUGAUAAUAGACAGGUCGUGUGUACUCUGGAUCACGAUGUUCAGAACAAGUCCGAUAAGAAUCUCGAGAAGUAUCGCAAUAUUGAGAACUUUGCUAAGGAACAGGGUGUUGAUUUCUAUCCUGCUGGUAGAGGUAUCGGUCAUCAGAUCCUCGUUGAAGAGGGUUAUGCAUUUCCUUAUAAUUUGACAGUGGCUUCCGAUUCGCAUUCUAAUACCUAUGGUGGUGUAGGAUGUCUGGGUACUCCCAUUGUUCGUACCGAUGCUGCAUCUAUUUGGGCUACUGGAAUGACCUGGUGGCAGAUUCCUCCAGUUGCUAGAGUCGAGUUGAAAGGUCAACUUCAACCUGGUGUUACUGGUAAGGAUGUCAUUGUUGCAUUGUGUGGUGUGUUCAACAACGAUGAGGUGUUGAAUCAUGCUAUUGAAUUUGUUGGUGAAGGUGUUGACAAGCUUUCUGUUGACGAGAGAUUGACUAUUGCUAAUAUGACUACCGAAUGGGGUGCUUUAUCGGGAUUGUUCCCUGUGGACCAAGUGCUUAUUGAUUGGUACGAAGACAGACUCAAGAACUAUAUUAAGAAGGACAACCAUCCUCGUAUCAGCCGAGCUUCUAUUGAUAAUGUUAAGAACAAUGUGAUUACUGCUGAUGGCGAUGCUAAAUUUGCCAAGUACUUGACUUUGGACUUGAGCACUUUGUCGCCCUAUGUCAGUGGACCUAACUCUGUCAAGGUAGCCACUCCUUUGUCUGAACUGUCUAGCCAAGAUAUUAAGAUUAACAAGGCGUAUCUUGUUUCUUGUACCAACUCGCGAUUAUCGGAUAUUGUCGCUGCUGCCAAGGUUAUCAAGGGCAGAAAGGUCAAGGAAGGAGUCGAGUUCUACGUAGCAGCUGCUUCUAGUAUUGUUCAAAAGGAUGCUGAACAGAUUGGUGCUUGGAACGACCUGCUUGAAGCCGGUGCCAAACCUCUUCCUGCUGGAUGUGGCCCUUGUAUCGGUCUUGGAACCGGUCUUUUGAAGGACGGUGAGGUGGGUAUUUCCGCUACUAAUCGUAACUUCAAGGGUCGUAUGGGAUCCAGAGACGCUCUUGCAUACCUUGCCUCACCGGAAGUGGUUGCUGCUUCUGCUGUUCUUGGUAAAAUCGGGUUCCCUGAAGAGAUGGAUGGUAAGACUCCCCAGGCUGCUCAAGGAAUUAAGAGCACUAUUUCUGAUCCCAGCGAGGUCGGUGAGACUACUGAUGGAGGAGCUGCUGGUGUUGAAGCCACUGGAUCCACUGCAACCGUAUCUAUUUUGCCAGGAUUCCCCGAGUCGAUUCAGGGAGAGCUUGUUCUGUGUGAUGCUGAUAAUAUCAACACCGAUGCCAUCUAUCCCGGAAAGUACACAUACCAGGACGACGUGCCUCGAGAGAAAAUGGCCGAAGUUUGUAUGGAGAACUACGACAGCGAUUUUGGGUCCAAGACCAAGGCUGGUGAUAUUAUUGUCAGCGGAUUCAACUUCGGCACUGGUUCGUCUCGUGAACAGGCUGCUACUGCCAUUCUCGCCCGUGAUAUCAAACUUGUCAUUGCAGGUUCUUUCGGUAACAUUUUCAGUCGUAACUCGAUCAACAACGCCCUUCUGACUCUUGAAAUCCCUGCUCUCAUCAAGCUUUUGCGCGAGCGUUUUGCCGAGCAAAAGCAGUCCGAACUGACCAUCCGUACCGGACUCUUCGCCCAAUGGGACGUCAAAACCGCUACCGUCACCGUCCGCGACGGCUCGACCACCGGUCCCGUCCUCCUCACCUCCAAAGUUGGCGAACUCGGAGAAAGCAUGCAAGAAAUCAUCGUCAAGGGCGGCCUCGAGGGCUGGGUCAGGUCCAAAAUCGCAAACUAA